AUGGAGUUGUCUUUGAAUUCAACUAUUGCAUCCAAUCCAUAUCUCAGUACGCUACCAAGUGCUUUCACUUCGAAUGCAUCAGGCUCCACAUGGGGCUACUACAGCACUCGCCAUACCGCAGCCAUACCGGCCGUAUUCAAUAGAACUUUGUUCCUCCCGCCAUGGCAAGCAAACACGUCCAACCAGGCUCUGCAUCAAGCCAACGAAUACUUUGAUGGAACCAACUUUGUCGCUUUCGACCCGGGAUUCUUCGACUUCAUAGGGCCCGAAGCAAAAGUCGAACAGGUCUGGUCGACGAAUUUGUCUUACAACCACGAGGCGUCAUGUUUCAUCACAGAACGAAAUGCACUUUUCUUCACUAGCUGGGGCUUCGAUCAUAGCUAUCAGUACCUUCUCGAUGGAUCUACGCAUCAAUUGCACAACAUCACGACGUCACCUCCCAUCAUGAACGCGCACGGCUGCGUCUACUUCAACGGAUCUCUGCAUGUUGCCACCGAUGGAGGCGCCGGAACUUAUGCAUCCAUCUACCGAGUUGACCCCCACACGCUCAAGGCUGAGACGCUCAUCAACAACUUCUAUCAGCAGCCAUUUAUUGGAUUUAACGAUCUUGAGAUCGACCCCAGUGGUAACAUCUGGGUGACUGAUUCUAUGUCUACUUGGAGCAACUACCUCACUACUUUCGCUCCCCAAACUGGGCCGGCGGUGUACUUCAUCAACACCACUACCAUGACCCCGAAAUGGGUCUUUGAGGUCGAAGGCGGUGUUGAUGCGAAUACCAACGGCAUCGCUUUCGCAGCCGAUGGAACGCUUUACAUCGACACCACCAGCAUCUCCAGCGGCAGACCGAAAGGAAAAUUCCCUCUCCGAUCAAGGGCGAUAUGGGCUCUUGAUACAAACGGCGGGAAGCCCCAGCUGGGCAAUCGACGACUGUUCUACAAUCCAAUCUCAUACUUCUGCGACGGCGUCCGCGUCUCUCGAAAUGGUUACGUCUUCUGUACUACAGGCGAUGGCGUCGAUGUCGUCGAGCCUGAAAGUGGGUACGCUCUUGGGCGCAUUCGCAUCAGUGGCAAGGGCAACGUUGCCGUCAACAUCGCUUUUGAGGACCACACGCUUUGGAUUGUCGGGAAAGGAGGAGUAUGGAAGGUGACUGGUAUCAACGAGCAACUGAAGAGGACGUGGUAG